GUGAAAGAAUUGUGAAACUCUGUGCAAGUUUGCCAUCUUAGAUUUUUAUCAUCAUUGCUUGCAAACAAUAAAUUUAGGAGAAAAACAAUUUCCAUUGUGAUAACACAAAAUUUUGCUGAUCCUAUGUUUUUAAUAGAGAAUUCUUCUGCAUACGAUAUUUCGCACUGCUUAACCUAUAAAUUGCAUAAAGUUAAUUAAAUAUUAGCAAUAAAGCAUACUUCUGAUUUAUUUCUAAAAAAUAUACUUCUUUUGUUAUUCUGUGCUCAGUCAUGAUCCGUUUGCCAAUACAUAAUGCUCUAAAAUCUUUGGCAUGGUUAGAAGGCACAUGGAGAACUGAGAUACCUGGAGAAGGUAAAUUUCCUACUAUUUCUCCAUUUAAAUAUCACGAAGAAAUCAAAUUUUCUUCCAUUGGUCAACCGAUGCUAAAUUAUGAAGCACAAAGCUGGCACUCUGAAAAAAAGAAUCCAAUGCAUCGAGAGGUUGGUUUUUUAAAGGUUGUUCCAGGAACUAACAAAGUUGUAUUUAUUUUGUCUCAUAAUUUUGGAUUGACAACUAUUGAAGAAGGUGUUAUUGAUAACAAUUCCAUUAUAUUAAAUUCUACUUCAAUUACUAGAGUAUCUGGUAGUAAGGAUCCAGCUGUUGUGAAGGUAAAAAGAGAAUUUAAAAAAAAUGACAAUUCUUUGGAGCAAAUCGUCUGUAUGGCGACUUCUGCUACUCCCGAGUUAACUGAACACUUGCAUGCUAUUUACAUAAAGCAAACACCUGAAUCAUAGAUCUAAAUGUAAGUGCAAAUUUAGAUGUAAAUAUUCAGAAGGUAUUAAUACAUAAUAAGAAGUUGUAAACUUGUCUCAGAAUUUCAAAUAUAUUAAUGGAUUUCAUGGAUAUUUUUCCACCAA